UAAAAUGAAAGCCCUAAAAGGGUAAAUUCGAGGAAGUAUCUAAACACACACUUGUCGUUUUCUCAUUAUUUCGGUUAUAAAGUUGACGGCCCUGGGACAAAUCCAUCCAUUUGGUGAAAUAUACACUGGCCGGCGUCUUUAAACGGAUUCCAUGUGGAUGAUAUUCUGGCACUUUGGAGAUACAAGUAGAUUCUGAUUGUAAAGUAGACGCAGACAAGGUAUGUAAAACAGACUAUAUUAUAGUCAUGAAAAUAAGUGACAUGCACAGCGAUCUUUUCGUGAAAAAUAGAAGUUUAUAUCCGAACGGAAAUACCACAAAUGACGUCAGUGCUCAAGUGACGUCAUCCUCUCAUGGGUUUACCGGACUGACGUUAAACCGACCAUUACCGGCGUUCCCUAGCGUGUUUAGCGGAAAUAUACCGGACGUAAAAAGUGCAUUUGAGACAAACGACAGUCACAUACGGAGCGGCUAUUCCCUCCCAGACCACGGCACGUUCCCGCCAUUUUUUCACCGCCGCCUUCCAUUCACGCACGGGGACCUCCAGAUCGCACCGGCUUUUGCACAGAUAUUUCAACGACGGCGAAGACGGGAAAGCCGGCCUCGGCGUCAGCGGACGACGUUUACAAGUGAACAGACGCUAAAGUUGGAGCUGGAAUACACUCGCGCGGACUACAUCAGCCGCCCUCGCCGCUUCGAGCUCGCGGACACGCUAAGCCUCUCAGAGAGUCAGAUCAAGAUAUGGUUCCAGAACCGUCGCGCUAAGGAUAAGCGGAUUGAGAAGGCGCACCUUGACCACACCCUGCGAACCAUAGGACUACAAACUACACCUAUGACAUCAUUACCGGAACCGUGCAGCACAUGCACGCUACCACUUCCGUUUCCAUUCCCGUUACCGAUGCCGUAGCUGUGUUAAAAGUUUACUUA